AUGUCGCAACCGAAACUCUCGUUCAAAAGGCUGUUUGAUAAUUGGCAAGCCGAUGUCAAGGCUGCUAUCCUCGAGUUCUUGGGGACGACUUUCUUCUUGCUCUUGGCAUUUGGGGGGAUACAGGCAGCGGAGGCAGAACUGGCUAUGGACCCCUCCGCACCCUCCGCGAUUCUGCACGACCUAUACAUCGCGCUAUCCAUGGGGUUCAGUCUACUCAUCUCUGUCUGGAUCUUCUACCGGGCUAGCGGCGGCGUUUUCAAUCCUAACAUCAGCCUGGCUCUCUUCUUGAACGGAGUCAUCGGCCCCUUGCGCUUCGUUCUCUACUGUUUUGCUCAGCUCACUGGGGGUAUCGCGGCUGCGGCUAUCGUUCUUGCGCUCACACCGGGUCCGCUGUUGUCGAACACUGUGUUGGCAAAUGGCGUCAAUCUUGCCCAGGGCGUGUUCAUAGAGAUGUUCAUCACUGCGGCACUGGUAUUGUCCGUACUUAUGUUGGCGGUAGAGAAGCAUGUUGCUACGCCUUUUGCUCCAGUCGGGAUUGGCCUCACUGGCUUCGUCUGCCAUCUCUGGGGCGUGUACUACACAUGCGCGGGUAUGAACAUUGCGCGGGCGUUCGGACCAGCCGUCGUCACGGGAUUCCCAUAUAGCGGUCAUUGGGUGUACUGGGUUGGCGACGGCCUCGGAUCGCUCCUUGCAACAGCUCUUUACAUGCUCUUCAAACAGUGA